AUGGAGUAAUGAUAACAGGAGGAGUGUGUCGGAUGGCAACAACAUGGCGGGUUCGACUACAGCAUGUCUAACCUCGUGCUCACCCUUCUUGACUACCUGCCUUUUGAUGUAGGCACCCCGUUUGCCAUUCUGGAUCACGCUGUGCGAGAUUUCGUCCGGUGGCUUCGCCGGACCAGCCAACGGACGGAACCGGACUGCGAGAAUGGACAUGGUAGCCUUGAGUUAGAUCUUUUUGGCCGAGUGUCCGGGGAUGAGGGAGAGCUUGGUAGACAUAUGAGUAUGGCUAUUGAUAUUGAGACCGGUCUCCAUGUCCCUUGUGAUGAGGGAGACGAGAUGAAGGAAGAGGAGACAAUGAACCUGGUGUUCGCACCCGAGGUUCCAUGGAACCCUAUGUUCUAUUAUCCACAAGAAUCCGAGUUCUUCACUGGUGAAUUGUCAUCGUCUACCUCCAGUGCGCAUAGUGAAGUAUCACCACAACUUACCGGAAUUUGUGAUGAGGGUAGCGAGCUUCGUUUCAUUAUCACAGAGCAGCCACAGUCGCAUAAGAACAACCAAGAUGUGAAACCUGAGACAACCGAUCCGGUAGAAGAUAGUGCUGCACUAGAGAUAAGUGCUGCGGGGGAAUUGUCCGAAGAAUCGGACAGCUCGCAAGAGUCGGACAGUGAGAUGGAAGUGUUGGAGUGCGCAAUGGCAAAAGUUCACAAGCGUGUUUUAUUCAAAUUAAGUGAUGACGGGGAAGGCAUGGCGUCCAGUUUUGAUUCGAUAAGAGAGAGCUAUAGUAGUGAAGCGAGGGAACAAGAAGACCACAAGACACAGCAAUCCUGCACACAGGGAUCCCAUAAGGAGCUUUUUUGUGGCGAGGAUACCCUUGGAGCCCUACAUGAAGACAUUGACGAAAUCAAAUCCAUCCUUCUUCUGUUGGCAUCUCAACUGCAAACAACAGACAGAGACGAAGCUGAAGGGGCUGCGUCCAUCCAAGAACAAAUGGAUUUCACGACUUUUCUCGAAGACGGACGAAGGAAUUUUGAAAGGGAUGGUAAAGGUGACAUCGUAAUUGAGCAAGAUGGAAGUCUCACAGAGCCUGUGCAAAAGGCGCUGAGGUAUAUGAAGAUUUACGAUUCUAUGUCGGAUGAGAUGCACGCUCUGAGAGUUGGGCUUGAACGGCUGGAGAUAACCAUGCAAGUAAUGGAGUCUGAGGAUGAACCAUCUCACCACUAGACCCGCCCGCAGAAUGAGUGAACGGUUGGCACAGGUAGCUCUUCAAGCAAAAUAGAUCAACUACAGAUUUCGGUAACCACUGUAAGAGAACAUACGAGCAUAAAAGGCUUGUAAUAAAUUAAAUUUGUUCCA